UACAUCAUUUUCGCCGAUUAAACUGAGAGGGCUGAAAGUCAGAUUUUAAAUGAUGUGCAGACUCCGCCCACCCGGCGCAGGUGUACGCAACUAUGCCCGCAUCGAGGAAGCGCCGGAUGACGCAACGAGGAAGCGCCGGGUAAACAAUACAAAUUAAAAAUGGCUUCGCCGCCGGGAGGAGACGUCUCAGGUACUGACACUGAUCAAAUAUUAGAUACUGGAGCGGCGUUACUAAAAGAUUUUAUUGUGGAUCGAGUGAGUCGCCAUUCCACCGAAGAUGUGACUGUCUCUUACACCCAACUGGGUGGAACUGAGCUGAGUGACCCAGCCCAUAAGCAGCUUGCCCAGUGUCUCCAGCGAAUAGGGGAUGAACUGGAUAGUAAUGUAGAACUACAGAGCUUGAUCAACAGCUCAGCCCUACAGCCCACCAAGGAGGUGUUCAUCGAGGUUGCCUGCCAGAUCUUCUCUGAUGGCAAGUUUAACUGGGGCAGGGUGGUGGCUCUCUUCUAUUUUGCCUGCCGACUGGUCAUCAAAGCACUUGUGACAAAGGUCCAUGAAAUCAUUCGUACCAUCAUAUGCUGGACAAUGGACUACAUCCGGGAUCAUGUGAUCAACUGGAUCCGGGAGCAAGGGGGCUGGGAGGGUAUCAAGUCCUACUUUGGGACGCCAAAGUGGCAAACGGCCGGGGUGAUUCUAGCCAGUGUCCUUGCCACUGUUUUGGUCCUCGGCAAAAUGUGAAGAGAAAGGGUGGGAAGGAAGGGGAUUGGGGGCACACUAUUGUUACUAUUAUUGACUGUUGCAAGAGAAAGAAGAGAGGGAGAAAGGGAGGGUCAAAUUUGGGGACAUUUGUUCCUGUCUUCUGAGUAAAGCACUCCUCUUCAUCUCUCCAUCACAGGGGAGAGGCCGAUUGGCUGCCUUUGCACUGAACAAGAGUGUGUAAUCAACUUGACAGAUGAUCAGCUCUCACACCUGACUUUCCCAACAAGAGAGUCUUUUAAUCUUAAUGUUGAUUGAAAGAGGGUAAUAGGAGUGUAUGGGAGAAUAUGAGUUAACUAUAUUUUAAUGUGUGGGAGCUCUGACGAAAGAUAUGAAUGUCCUUUCUUGCCUAUACUUUCCGCAAACCUGCAACCCUGUCCAUGUCAUCAACCAGUUAUCUCUGUCAUACUCUCUAGCUACCUCUCUCUUCCAAACUGUCUCUGUGUUUUGUCAGUGCACUUUGAGCUUGCGACAUGUAAAAUGUAAUAUACAGCAUAGUCUGUAAGUAUUUGGACAGUGAUAUAAUGUUAGCUCAAUUGGCUCUAUCUAAUCCAGCACAUUGGAUUUGAAAUGAAACAUUGAAUAUGGGGUUAAAGUACAGACUGUCACCUUUAAUUUGAGGGCAUUUACAUCCAUAUCGGGUGAUCCCUAUCCAUCUAUCCCUUUUUAUACAUUUUAUGGGACCAAUAGUAAUUGGACAGUUGGGUCUCAGCUGUUUCUGAUUAGUCAAAUGUAUUCACUUUUUAGUGCAGGUGUAAGAAAGCUUUCAGUAUCUCGCCUUGGUUCUAGGCUUUUGAUUGCCUUUGGAGUGUUAAUGGUGUUUGUCAGCAGAGUUGUUUCAAUGAGUCAAGGAAGCCAUUAUGAGCCAGAGAAAUAAAGGCCAAACAAUAGGCGUACCAAAAUAAACUGUUGUAACAUCAUUAAGAAGAAAGAGAGCACUGGUGGGCUCAGUAUUUGCAAUGGGACCAGUUGGACAAGGAAGACCUAUACAGUUGAUGAGCAAAUAAUUCUUGCCAUAAUUAAGAAAAACCCCCAAACACCUGUCUGACAGAUCAGAAACAAUCUUCAGGAGGCAGGCGUGGAUGUCUCAGUGACCACUGUCGUCACAAGACUUCACAAACAGAUUUACAGAAGCUACACUGCAAGAUGCAAGCCACUAGAUGGCAGCAAAAACAGGAUGGCCUAAAGACCCUGCAGAGUUUCUGAAAAAGGUCUUGAGGACAGAUGACAGAGAUCGACUUCAAAGUGAUGCAAGAGCAAGGUGUGGAGGCUAAAAGGAAUUUCCCCAAGAAAUGCCACCCCCCUCAUCUGUAAAACACGAUGGUGUAUAGUUUGGCCACAGGUGCUGGCUCGCUUACGUACCUUCAUUAAUAAUUCAUCUGCAUUAGAAAUUCACCAGAAUGCAGGAAAUUAAAUGUCUGAAACUCUAAUUUUCUUAGGGGAAAAAAGUUAUGCUUCUGAACCUCAGUUACAAAUUUGCCCUGGCUACAGCCCUGAUCUUAUCUGCUUAAGUUAAAUCAAAUGCCUCCAAACACAUUGAACAGUACUUCAUCCCACAGCAAAGCAAUGACCUUAAACAUGCACCUGUGCUCUCUUUCUUAUUAAUGAUGUUCUAAACAGUUUGUUUCAGUUGGCUUAUUGUUUGGCCUAUGUCUCUUGUCUUCCUUAUUUCUCAGCCUCACAAUGGCUUACUUGGCUUUUAUUUUUGGCACAGCUCUGGUCCUCAUGUUGACAAAAGAUAAUGACAGACACUGAAGGUAAUCAAAAGCAAAUAAUCAAGUUUUCUAUGCAAUAUGGAAGCAAUUGAAUACACCUGGCUAAUCAGAAACUAAGCUAAGAAGCCAACUGUCCAAUUACUUUUGGUCCCCUAAAACUGGGGGACUGAAUAUACAAAAGUCUAUAAUGCCUAAACAGAUCACCCAAUAUGGAUGUGCAUACAGUCAUAUUUCACCUCAUAUUCAUUGUUUCAUUACAAAUAUCAAUGUGCUGGAGCCAAAACAACAAAAACAUGAGUCACUGUCCACAUACAUACGGAUUGCACUGUAUUUACCGUGUGUUGGUGUUAUAGGGUGUUUCACGUUUUACAGUGAAAUUACUUCAUACUUUUCAGAUUUACGGUUGUACAUUCAUUAUUUGGUGCAGUACUGCACGGUUAUUCAGUACUGUGCAGAUUCAACGCAGUAUCAGUUUGUGUUGACUGAAGGAUAGUUAGUACAACAUUUAGAUUAUUUUGAAACAUACAUUCUCUCCAUAUUUGUAACGUUUCUUACUUUUAUAGAAUGCCUGAUGCUUGUUUUUAAGUAGUGACAUUUCAUGAUUUCUCACCCCAUUUUCACAGAAAAAAUAUUACUGGCAUGGGAAAGCAAAUGCAUUUCAAAAUUUUAGGUCAUCUUCUGCAGACUACUCCUCAAAUGUGGAUCAUUUUUACUAUUUCAUGUUUGUAAUUUUUUACAUCCACAAAUAAAAAAAUAGCUGCAAGCAGCCAUUAUAGUGCCUAGAUGUGGAUUUGUUUUUUAGAAAAGUGGGCGCUGUGCAUACAAAUAUAACAAAUAUAAUUUCUUCUCAAUUUAGGAGAUUUUUAUUGUGGCAUCUGGUUGUUUUUUAAAAUUGUUGUUUUACUAGUAUAAGAUAAACAAUAGUUUUUUCACAUUCAUUCAAGUCUGCUAAUAUUCCUGUGUGUCUUUAGAAUUCUUUGAGAAUUUUAUUUUUGUUUUGUUUAACCAAUGUAUUGUGGAUCAAAUAAAUGCACUCUUAGAUUCACAAA